CCAAAAACUUCGAAGGCUACACAAAUCUAGAGAUAUCACUAUUCCAAAAAACUUCUGUUAGAUUCAAUUCUAGAGACAUGGCCAUGCAUCGCGAGUCUUGGGCUUUUGUAUUCGGUCUUUUGGGCAACAUCAUCUCCUUUGGAGUGUUUCUGGCUCCAUUGCCAACUUUUUACCAAAUCUUCAAGAAGAAAUCCACUGAAGGAUAUCAGUCACUUCCUUACGUUGUUGCACUGUUCAGUGCAAUGCUUUGGAUUUACUAUGCAUUCGUGAAAAGAGAAGCUGCUCUUCUUCUCAUUACCAUUAACACGUUUGGAAUUGUUGUGGAAUCAAUUUACCUUACAAUCUUCCUAGUUUACGCUCCAAGGAAGCCUAGGCUUACUACCAUCAAGCUUCUUCUCUUGCUGAAUGUGUUUGGCUUCGGAGCCAUGCUUCUGUCAACUCUCUACCUGUCUAAGGGAGCAAAGCGUCUUGCCAUCAUAGGAUGGAUUUGCCUUGUUUUCAACAUCAGUGUCUUUGCUGCACCUCUCUUCAUUAUUAGGCGAGUGAUAAAGACAAGGAGCGUGGAAUAUAUGCCAUUUACCUUGUCCAUGUUUUUGACCAUCAAUGCUGUUAUGUGGUUCUUCUACGGCCUUCUUCUCAGGGACUAUUAUGUUGCUCUCCCAAACACACUUGGGUUUCUGUUCGGCAUAAUUCAGAUGGUGAUGUAUUUGAUGUACAGAAACGCCACCCCAGUUGCACUAGAUGAGCCGGUGAAGGCUCAAGAAGCGAAUGGCCACAUAGUUGGAGCUGUGAAGAUGGGAACAAUAGAGCCAAACCAUGCAGGUGGUGGUCUUGGUGGUGUUGGCAAAGUCUGAUUUAUGAUCAAUGACCAAAAAAGAAAUGUUUAAAAGAGAAAAUAACCCAAACUUUCAAUUACUUUACCGAGUGAGGUCACAUCUAAGAUCACUCAUAUCUACAAUGCAAGAAUAGUACGUAGCCUUUGGUAUAAGUGUUUGGUUUGAUUUAUGUAAAGGUGUGGUUUAAAUUUGCCAGUUCUGGUAGCUGUAACUGUUGGGCACUCAUGUAAGAAAAAGAAAAAAAAAAGCUUAACUAGCUCUUUAGCCACCCUUAUAUAUAUUGUACCACUACGUGUAACGUAGUGUAUCAGUCAAA